GACGCCAAGUCGAAAGACCAUCACCAAGAACAGCACCAGCAGAAGCAGCAGCAGCAGCAGCGAUAGCAACAACAGCAGUAGCAACAGCAGCUGAAGCUGAGGCAAAGCAGCAACAGCAACAAUAUAUGAUAAACAACUUAGUAGGAGCAAGAGCAACAGUAAAUCUGGAUAAUAAGAUGGAGGAACCAUCGGACGAUGAGAACUUCGAGCCGACGCCAAAGAAGAUCAAACGGGACUGGCUCAAUAGCUAUUGCUAUUCGAACAAGGUCAUGGGCAUGAUGAAGAAAAUGGGUUACGAGGACGACAAAGGUCUCGGCAAGAGCAAUCAGGGUCGCCUCGAGCCCGUCAUCGCUGUCCAACAGGAUGGUCGCCGUGGUUUCGGUCUCAAACUGGACACCGUCCAUUGGUCCGCUGGACAAUGGGAUCCCAGCUGCGAGGAACUGAAGAUUGUGGAGCCCGUGGUCUGGCUAAACGGUCAGGUGGAUGACAAUUGCAGCGCCUAUACGCUGGAUCAGCUAAUGGAGCAUCUGGUGUUGGGGGAUCGCAAACUGACGCUGGACGAUGAGACGCAAUAUUGCGAUCCGGAGAUAUUGCAGCACAUACUCAACGCCAAGACGGUGUUUGAUAAUCUUAACGAUACGGAAAUGCGCAGAGCGCGCUCACGUUGCAAUCCCUUCGAGACGAUACGCAGCUCGAUCUUUCUCAAUCGGGCGGCUGUGAAGAUGGCCAACAUUGAUGCCAUGUGCGAGAACAUGUUUACAGAUCCACGGGAUGCACAAGGACAAUCGCUGUUGGGACCCAACGAGCUGCUCUACUUUGCGGACAUGUGUGCAGGUCCUGGCGGCUUCUCGGAGUACGUGCUGUAUCGCAAAUCGUGGGAGGCCAAAGGUUUUGGUUUUACGCUGCGCGGUGCCAACGAUUUCAAGCUGGAUAAAUUCUUUGCCGCCUCACCGGAGUCCUUCGAUGCGUUCUACGGCGACAAGGACGAUGGCAACAUCUUCGAUGCGAGCAAUCAGGAUUCGCUCAACGCCUACAUACGCAAACACACGCCCGAGGGUGUCCACUUUGCCAUGGCCGAUGGCGGUUUCUCGGUGGAAGGACAAGAGAACAUACAGGAGAUACUCUCAAAGCAGUUGUAUCUGUGUCAGUUUGUCACCGCCCUGAAGAUACUCCGGAUCAACGGGAGCUUUGUGUGCAAACUGUUCGAUCUGUUCACGCCAUUUAGCGUGGGCUUGGUCUAUCUGAUGUACAAGUGCUUUCAGCAAAUCGCCAUUAUCAAACCAAAUAGCAGUCGACCCGCCAACUCGGAGCGUUACAUUGUCUGCAAGCACAAGCUGCCCGAGACCGAGGCGAUCAUCGAGUACAUGGAUGCGAUCAAUAAGCUGCUCAACGAGCAGUCGCAAGCGGCAGCCGAGGCGAGCGAACAGACGCCUCAGGAUGUGCUAGAGAUCUUUAAUCGGGAGCAAAUGCAACAGGACGAACAGUUCAUCAACUAUAUGAUCGAGUCGAACAACAGCAUUGGGAAUGCGCAGAUCGUGGGAUUGCGUAAGAUCGCUGCGUUUGCGCAUAACAUGGAACUGAAGGAGUCGCGACAGUCUGAGGUGCGUCAGGAUUGCCUCAAGGCAUGGACGCUGCCGGACAAGUUGCGUCAGGCGCCCGAGGUGAAGACCACCGAUCGCCUGCUCGAGGAAUUGCUGAGGGAUUGGUCAAAGAACCGUGACUGGUUGAAUAAUGCGCCGCACGAGUUGAACAGCGCAAUGGCGUUGCAUAGCAGCAUUUUGAAUGUGGAUGACUGGCAUUUUAUGCCCAUCGGACGCGGAGAGACAAACAUUAAUGGAUGCACCAUCUUUCUGUGCAAGUCGCGGGGCAAUUUGCUGCGCUACACCGAGCACCGGAAGUGGGAGCUUGUCGAGACGAAUUUCAAUGUGCAACCACGAUCGAUCUUCUUCGGCGAGAUCAUGUUCGAGUUCAGCGGCCAAGGACGCACCUCACAGUGCGUCUCGGCGCUGCACAUCAUGGACGCCAUUUGCCUCGGUGGCGUAGAUAUCCGACGACGUCCGUUCCUCGAGCGGGUGAGCAUGUGUGCCAAAUAUGCGAGCAGUUUGAAUAAGCCGCAUAAAAAGGAUCGCACCUGUGGCGCGAUUCGGGCACGUCCUAUUUACAGGCUGCGGGACAUGGGACGUUUCUUCAACGAGAUGCGUCAGUAUGUGCUCAAGGAUAAUUCACAGCGCUUCGGCUAUGUCCUCGAUGAUCAGAAGUUCUUUGUCCCCGGGGGCAUUAUUCUCUUCUGUGAGCUAACCAUGAAUUUUGUCACCGCUUUUUCGCGCUCACGCCAGCAAAUCUAUUACUAUAAUACCAAUACGAAAGAGUCGCUCUUCAAGGAGCAAAUCGAACCGCGGAAAUUCAACGAGGUCUUCUCCUCGUUUCGGCAUUGCUAUUCGCGCCGUUUGCUCUGGAAGUGGACGAGCACGCUGCAGGUGGAUGAACAGGCGAGUGAGGAGAAUGCCACGAUAUUGUAUCGCAGUCACUUUGAGCACUUUAUACGCCGCAAACUGACGAACUAAAAACUAAGAAUCGAGUGUAAAGUGUGAAGACAACAAAUUGGAAAUGAGGAAUUGGGCUGCAGAUCAUCAUCAAACUUGAAAGAACUCUCCUCUAUCCGACCAUAUAAAUACAUCUAUAUAUAUAAGUUAUAUAAUACAUAUUUUAAGCGAAAAUUUAGAAAUGUUAAGCUCAUUCUACUAUUUUGUUUGUUUCUCCUUUUAUAUUGUUUUUUUUUUCUAUCUUUCUUGAUUUUAUUUCCUUGCCUGAUUAUUGCGUCGAUCCGCAUUGGCAUUGGAAAUGAAUAAUAACGAUUACACCAUUACGUUGUAUAUUUCCCCCCAAAAAUUCAUUGCCUAUGUAUUUAACAAUAACACAAAAAAACAACUGAAUGACCCCAAACUAUAUAAAUCUUUUA